AUGAUCAUAGAUGCUUUUGAAAUAUACGGACACGACCCUACUGAUAAGCUUGACAACUUGUGGCUUUAUCAAAAUGAGAUGAUGAGGAUCAAGACUGCUGAAGAUCAAGUCCUUCUUAUAACCCUAGACGAUGUCAUCGACAAUAUGCUCACCAUGUAUGAAAACCAUAACUCGAUAGCUGCGGAGAGGAAAGCAACUUACACUGGUGGCCCUGUCCCUAUGGAAUUUUAUAUCAGCCAAGGACCGUUUUUAAUCCCGGGUGAUCCUGGCACGGGAAUAGACCCCGUACCACCCUACAUAGAGACUACACCUAAACCCGAAGAACCAGAUGAGGAGGAAAACGUCACCGUUCCUUAUAUUCUUGACGGAUGUUUAUUCAUGUACCCUCCUAACUAUGGAUCGAUAGCUGGUAAAAGUUACCUAGACCCCGUAGAGCUGCAUGAUGAUAGAUUCACCUGUAACGCCGCGGGAGGAAGUAAAGGUCUAUACUGGUAUCCACAAUGGAUGGGUGCUAUGCCUCAUCACCCCUAUCCCACUUUAAAUGAUGAUAAAGGAGCUUUCGAACCUCCCGGCGCGUUCUACCCGCAUCAGAACUACGAUAUGAAUGAAGACGACUCGGACAAU